CUGAUUUAGUUUAGAAACGUAUAAGUUAAGUGAUUCGCUUAUUUCGACCUGCCGACGUCUUUUAUAAACCAUUCCAACGGAAAAAUUCGAUCUCAUCUAUUUCUAACAAUGCAAAUUCGUAUUUCAUACCUUUUUAAACAACAAAAAACAGCUUAUACAAUUUAUGUCAUUCGAAAUGUUUCACAAAGCGAAAACCUAUAUAAACAUUAAUCGAAUACAUUUGAAUAUUAGUCUUAAAUAUUCUUUUGUUCGUGCUUUGUACUUUUUAUUAAUCGUCUCCAUAUAAAGUAAUUGAUAGCAAAAGAGUUACAUUAAAAGAUAAUGGCAAAAAAGCGGGAAUGUAUAUCCAUUCAUAUUGGACAAGCUGGCGUCCAAAUGGGUAACGCUUGCUGGGAACUAUAUUGCUUGGAACAUGGAAUUCAACCUAAUGGACAAAUGCCCAGUGACACCACCGUUGGUUACGGGGAUGAUUCUUUCAACACAUUCUUUUCCGAGACGGACUCAGGAAAACACGUUCCAAGAGCCGUGUUUGUUGAUCUCGAACCAACAGUAGUAGAUGAAGUUCGUACAGGUACAUAUAGAGAACUGUUUCAUCCGGAGCAACUAAUCACGGGCAAAGAAGAUGCCGCGAAUAAUUAUGCGCGAGGCCAUUACACCAUAGGGAAAGAAAUUGUAGACCUGACUUUGGAUCGAAUUCGCAGACUCACUGAACGAUGCAAAGGUCUGCAGGGUUUUUUAAUCUUCCAUUCGUUCGGUGGUGGCACAGGAUCAGGAUUUUCGAGUUUAGUGAUGGAAAGAUUGUCCGUUGAUUAUCCAAAGAAAAGUAAAUUGACUUUUAGUAUUUAUCCCGCGCCUCAGGUCUCGACUGCCGUUGUAGAGCCAUAUAACGCUAUUCUUUAUACACAUCCAACACUAGAACAUUGCGACGUGGCCUUCAUAGUUGACAAUCAAGCCAUUUAUGAAUUAUGCAGAAGGAAUUUAAGCAUCGAUAGACCUACGUACACAAAUUUAAAUCGUUUAAUUGGACAAAUCGUUUCAUCAAUAACUGCAAGUUUACGAUUUGAUGGAGCUCUUAACGUUGACCUUACCGAAUUUCAAACAAAUUUAGUACCAUAUCCGCGUAUUCAUUUUCCUCUUGCAACUUACGCUCCAGUUUUAUCAGCUGCAAAUGCUAGUCAUGAGAGAAUUACAGUAGCAGAGAUAACGAAUUCGUGUUUUGAACCAAAUCAUCAAAUGGUGAAUUGUGAUCCGCGUAGAGGAAAAUACAUGGCAGUUUGCAUGCUUUACAGAGGAGAUGUUGUUCCCAAAGAUGUAAAUGCUGCUAUUGCGACAAUCAAACGGCAGAAACAUAUUCAAUUUGUCGAAUGGUGUCCGACUGGUUUUAAGGUAGGAAUAAAUUAUCAACCACCCACUGUGGUACCAGGAGGUGAUCUUGCAAAGGUAGAAAGAGCUGUAUGUUGUCUUUGUAACACCACAGCAAUAGUUGAAGCAUGGGCUAGAAUCGAUAAUAAAUUUGAUCUGAUGUAUGCUAAACGAGCGUUUGUUCAUUGGUUUGUCGGUGAAGGUAUGGAGGAAGGUGAAUUUGCGGAAGCGAGAGAAGAUUUAGCAGCUUUAGAAUUGGAUUAUCGUGAAGUUCAAGAAGACGCAGCUAAUACUGAAGAUGAAGAAGAAUAUUGAUUCCUUAAAUGUAUCGAACAUGUAUUAUUUACACUUAAUUUUCUGAUUGAAAUAUAAUAAAUAAGAUUAAUAACUUG